CCUGCUUUUUCGAUUUUUAAUUUUUUUUUUCACCGUCGUCCGUCAUCAGUAAUCAGUACUCAAUAAUUUUUUUUCUCUUCAUCACUCGUUGAAUUGCGUUCGCCGUUUGCGACUUUUGCCUACCUUCGUGUCCGUCCAUUCAUUUGUAAUUAUAUUCCUCUGUAUCUAAAAAAUGAAUUCCAAACUCUUAGCCUUGAGCUCAAAGAUCGUUUUUAGGAAUCCAAGUAGAUUGUUUUCCGUCUCGGCGGCAAACUUCACCAAAGUCAAUGAUGAAGGAUUUCCUGAUCCUUUAGAUUUAGCUACUGGUAUUGAAAAGAAAGAAAUGCUUUUGCGUCUAGCUGGAAAUGAUGAUCCAUACAAUUUGAAAGCUAUAAAACGUGGUGUGAGUACUCGUGAUCAACCCACUUUAGUUCCAUCUGCCUUUGAAGCAAGAAUUGUUGGUUGUGUAUGUGAAGAAGAUGCAUCUCAUGUCAAAUGGAUGUGGCUACAUUCAGGAGAACCAAAACGUUGUUUCUGUGGCCAUUGGUAUAAAUUAGUUUUCAAGGAAGCUCUCGUAUGAAUAAAAAAUGUUUGUAACAAGCAUUUGUUUAGUCAUGUUCCAAAUGGUAUAUUUUUGCCUGUUAAAUUGUUUUGUUAUUAAAAUGUUCACUUUUGGAAUCAGUAACAGUUAAUUGUUAUUAAAUUGUUUAGCUAAAAUAAGUAAGGCUUAUGACGAGAAUGAAAUGUUAUAACAAUAUAUUUUAGUAUUAUAAGUACUUAAAACUGUUUAUAUUGUUAAUUUGACAAACUCUGUUAUUUGUAGUUUUGCUAAAAUAAUCAAUUAUAAUUAUUAUUUUAAAUUAAA